GUGUCUGGUGUCUUGCGGAAGACUGGGCAAGUGAACACGAGUUGAGGUUGCGGUGAUAAAUAGUGUCUUUUGUGAACCUUGACCUUCCCCAAAACAGCGGCCGCGAGGAAGAUCGGAAAAAUACGAGUGACUGAAUAUUUCCCAGACAAGCUUUUCGAAAUUCCCGGCCGCCAUGGUAACCGAUAAGCCAUUCAGGUGAUAUGUGCUGUUGCUUUCGCUUUGGAACAGUUUAAUGUAAAUAGAGUUAAUGUUUAUUAAUAAUCCUUGUAUGUAAGACCUCGUUGCGGUGUGGUGACAUAAACACGAGUGUGUGGCAAUAAGAAUUAAAAACAUUCAAAGUCAAUAAUGGGAUAAAAUCGAGAAUUUCGACAGUACUGUAACUGGUACCUCCGUUUCUAAGGACACGAGUGAAAAUGUUAAAUUGCACGGAUCUCGAGUGUAUUCUUCAUCAUCAUCAUUAUUACGCCCACCUGCACCAUCUCAAACAUGGAACGCAUGUGGAAGAAGGAGCUAUGUCUACCGAGACAGAAGGAGUUAACGAUGAAACGAUACGAGGGUUACUAAACGACACUGAUUCGGAGCUAUCCAAUCUGUCACAUUUGGAUGCUCCGAACGACAGUUUGUACAUGAUCGGGGGAGUAUGUGUUGCCAUGUUUAUGGUUGGAGUCAUCAUAGUCCUGCUGGCUGUCACGAUUAGCAAACUGAGGAAACGAGAGGAGCACAGCAACAGCGUGCACCCUGCAGAUGUGGUCCUCCACCAAACGACACCAGCGGCCGCCGCUUUGGCUAACCAGACGCCCACGGCGCCGCAGGCCCUUCAGCCGGACCCGCUGGCCUACCGCGGGCAAUUCCUCUGGCAGUAUCCCCCGCCUCCACCCCAACCGUACAUGUACAACAAUGACCAGGAUACCCUUGUGCAAAACCUUCCCACGGAGCGGCCGGGAUUCGUCCGAGGCUUCCGCAAGAAUUUGGGCGGUCGCUGGCGACGUCUCGUUAAAAGGAAGCCACCGACAGAAGUGUACACCAUUCCAGCCGAACUGAAGCCCCAGUUGAAGCAGAUCUAUGUUUAUUGAUAGAGUCACGACGGUACGACCUUGCCGGGCCGUUGGCGAAGCGAGAUGGCCCUGGCAGCGGUCAGUACCAAGAGACACUUCCUUCCUGCAGCUUCUGGUUGGCGUCUGGAAGCUGAUGUCGGCCUUCCUUAAUGAGACUGAUUAGUAUUUAAAGUUUAGUAGUAUCACUCGUAUGGAUCUUCACUCCAAAAAUGACAAUGGAGCUUAGGUUUAGCUCUUAGUCGCUGUAAAUAAAUAUAAAGUUAGGUUAGUCCUUUUCGCAGACUAAAUUCAGAGAACGAACUUUUGUGAUUUUAAAGCUAUAACUGCACGAGUUGGGUCUCCGAUUUGUACGGAGGUUGGGUGUGCUGAUAUUUUUUAUUUAGGUAAUUUGUCAAAGCGCUUCUCUAGAUAAAUUUACAUUAAUUUGUAGUGGUUUUUAAACAGCCUAGUUUAUAAUGUGGCUCAUAUUGAGUUCGGCAUUCUUGAAUUUUGUGAUUUUGUAGUAUUUUUUGUCAGGGAUGCAUUCAUGAAUCUCCAGUUUUUGCUAUCGGUCAAUCAACUUGUUCUGUAUGAAUUAUGUAGCUUAUGAGAUGGAGCUGGAUGGUCUUCUCAUACUAGUCAGAAUGCUAAAUAAUUGUAUCAGACGUUAAAAAUGUUUAAAUGAUUCAGUAAAUUAUUUUCAGUAUUAUAAUUAAUUUAUUAUGAUAUUUAUGAUAGCACAAAUCUUUUCAAAUUGCAAGGAUAGCAAAUGAGAAUUAGUUACCUACAUAUCAGGCCAAUAUUCAUGUAAAUAAAAGCAAUAACAUAAAAAUACUAUCAAAUAAAAUUGUUACUUUUUGAA